GGCUUAAGUGUUUCGCCUUCUCCAGUUUCCUGCUCGAAUUGCCCCGCUCCACCUUAAAUGGCGGCUCAGUUGCAUUGUGGCGGCCGAGGCGCCAACCUGCAACUUCUGCGCCAUUUAAGGUGGAACGGGGCAAUUGGAACAAGAAGCUGCCUUGACUUUCGGAGGCGGUGGCAACUCGUAAGCCGAGUAAUGCUGCGUUUGUUUUGGGCUUAUAAACAAAGUAUAAAGUAUGAAGUUGGUCAGCACAACAUCAGCCAUGUAACUGAGAUAAGGGUCUCGGUUUAAACACAGCACGGCCGGGUUCGCCUUGGUGUGUGUGUCUCUCUGUUUUCCCAACACGAGCUGUAAAAGGAUGAUGAGGUCCAGGCAGACCAGCGAGAACAGCUUCAAACCGGUUUCAGCGCCGGCAGGCCAACAAAAGCUGGCGGAGAGCGCAGAGAGACGGGGAAGGAGCGCGGAGAGGGAGCAGAGGCUGCACAGAGCUGGGAUGAAGAAGCGAGUAACACCGUCUGCGCUUCACUGUCAUUCUUAUAAACCGUCAUGAUACCAACAUCACCCUGCGUGCUGGUCCAGAGAGCCCGUUCUCCAGCGCACUGCGCUCAUUAGAGCUGCUCCAUUCCUGCCGGGUUGGCCGCACAGGCUGGUAUUUUGGUUUCCUAGAAGAACCAAGCAUCUACCCAUGAGUCCUCAGAACUCAAAGAAAGCCCUGGAUGGGGGCUGGGGUUGGGCCAUUGUUGUGGCCUCCUUCAUGGCCCAGCUUCUGGCCUAUGGCUCCCCCCAGUCUGUAGGGGUGCUCUACCCAGAGUGGCUGAGUGCCUUCCAGGAGAGUAAGGGAAUGACUGCGUGGGUGGGCUCCCUGGUGUCUGGGGUCGGACUCAUUGCCAGUCCCAUCUGCAGUGCCUGUGUAGUGAACUUUGGGGCCAGGCCCGUAACCAUCUUCAGUGGCGUUAUGAUCUCCGGAGGCCUCAUGCUCAGUGCCUUCGCCCCCAGUGUCUACUUCCUCAUGUUCUCCUAUGGCAUAGUCGUUGGACUGGGCUGUGGGCUUCUGUAUGCUGCUACUGUAACCAUCACAUGCCAGUACUUUGACAAGAGACGUGGCCUCGCGCUCGGCAUCGUUACUACAGGUACAAGUGUUGGAGGAUUCCUUUAUGCCACUGCACAAAAUGAAUUCAUUGAGCUCUUUGGUCUCGAGGGAUGUCUGCUGCUCAUCGGCUCCUUCGCACUGAACAUCAUCGCCUGUGGUGGAUUGAUGAGGCCGUUGCACUUACCAGCUUACUACCUCAAACAGAGAGCUGCCCUGGUGGAAAAAGUAGAAGAGAAGCUUAAAGAAAGGCCCCUAGCCAGGCAGAGCUCGAUCAAAAAGAACCUACCCGUCACCGACCUGCUGGUCACGAUAGAUUCUAAAGACCCUCUGGCUUAUGAGAGGAGGCUACUGAGCUGCUCUGCUUUGGUGAAGCUGCUCAAGAAGAAGCAGAAGGCAUACUCAGAGUAUUUCCGCUCCAUGGCAGAGAGGCUGCAGGACCGUGUCUUUGUGGCCAUGUGCGUGGCUCUGUUCCUCUACACUCUGGGGGCCUUUCCCCCGCUACUCUUCUUGGAAGACGUGGCCCAGAGUGAGGGACUGAUCGAGGGCAUAAGCGUCAUCCCCCUGGUCUCCAUCAUCGCCAUUGCAGCCGGAGUAGGGAAGCUGCUGCUAGGCGUGGUGACAGACAUCCGCUGGAUGAACAGCAUAUUCCUUUACGCCUUCACCCUGGUAGGCAGCGGAGCAGCUCUGCUGGUGAUCCCGGUCACCAAGAGUUAUGCUGGACUCCAGGUCAUCUCAGCGGUGCUGGGAUUCUUCUCAGGAAACUGGUCCAUCACACCCUACAUGACCACUAAGGUAGUGGGCAUAGAGCACCUCACUGAGGCCUAUGGGAUCCUGAUGUUCUUUGGUGGAUUUGGAAUUAUGCUGGGACCUCCAGUUGUAGGCUGGUUCUACGACCGGAUGCAGUCCUAUGACCUGGCUUUCUACUUCAGCGGGAGUUGCGUGCUACUGGGUGGAGUGCUGCUGCUGCUGCUCUGUGGCCUGUCCUGCUGGAACAACAGCCAAGGUGAGGACGCUAAAGCUGACGAAGAGUGCACUCAUGACUGUGAAACAGUGGCCGCGGUAGCCUGAAGUACGAAGGCACAACCUUUUCUUUGCUGUGCUCUGCCUCCCAAAGACCUUGAUUGAACAGGAGGCCGAUUUUUGUUCAUUUGUUUUAACUAUGAGGUGUUUUGCCUUAUUGUUGAUGUAUUUGUUCCUGUGAUUUAGUUCAGAUGGUCUUUUUGAAAAUACUAUAUUACACUGAUGGACAUGAGCUCCUCAGUACUUUUUCACAGCCUUGUUUUAUGAGGCUCCAGCAUACGAAGGAAAGAUUUUAAAUGGUUUGUUCAGUCUAUUAACGCUGUUCGUUUUGAUUGAAAUGCAUGUCCAGGCCACUACUUUUAUAUGCUGGUAAUUGGGAUCACAAUGUCAUGCCAAACUGAGAAAUAUUUUAUUUACAAGACAAAUAAGAUCCCAAUAUCUGAGGUGUUUUUUUUGUUUUUUUUACACAUAUGCAACACGACACCAACGGUUUAAACAGUCUAGAGAUGAUUUUGGAGUGUUUUGUUCUGUUCAGAAUGACGUCUUGUGUUUUCUACCAAAGUAGUUUCUUGUUUUUGAGGACUGAGUCGACAAUCUCGUAUUGACAUACCGUAAAACAAGAUGUCUUUCUUCAUGCUGCUUCAUCUGUGGAAGUCCCCUAAUUUUCAUAUAGUUUUGGCCUUUUUAGAUCAGGUGACAUAUCUGAUGAUUCCCAGUGGUUUUGUGUGCUGGAUGAAAUGAAACAAAUUUGGUAUAAAGCAAUAUGUACAUGUAAAUGCUGUAACCACUUUUUUGUCGCUCUUGUUUGUUCCUAUUUGUAUACUCUUUGACCUAACUCUUGUAGAAUUGUUUUUUACUUGCACUGAUGUAGUUUGCACAGUGUUUGUAUGAUUUAUUUGUCUUUUAGCUAACUUUGAGAAUUUUUUUUACUUGAAACACGUCUCUACGAUGUUAGUAUUGUAGAAAUAUGACAAACGUCGUAGAUAUUUUCUUUGGUCAUGGUGCCGGCAGGUUUGAUGAACCCUUACACUGUUUUAAACCAUGUGAAACCACCUGUGUUAUUUAUGUAUUUAUGUUUCUAAUGUCACUGUCAAUUUGUAAGGUGUUUUUUUUUUUUAGAUAAAAAUAAAAAAUGACAUAGAAGAUCAGCUAAGCUGAAUACCUUUGCUUAAGGCAGUUGUCAACAUCCAUAUAGUAGAGUGUAACGAGUCUCAAUUUUGAAAGGGUCAAGGAUGAUGAAUUACACUUGAAUUAAACUGUGAAAUACACAAUGCAAAAGAACGCAGUCACGGUAAAGAGCAGGAGCCCCCCUUCUUUUGAAAUAAUUUCCACUUAAUUUAUCCCACCUUCUCCUCCUUUUGUCUUCCCCCCUCUUACUUCAGCCUCCCCUGUUGUUUAGGUCCAAUCAGCCCUCUGGCCUUCUGUCACAUAUCUAGCUUUAAGGCCCUUUUCUUUGAACUCUGUGGUCCCACCCCACCUCUUUUACAACCCUUGUUGCUCUUCUUUUGUCAACCUGCCAUUUGUACCUACAUGUACAGCACUAUGAAACAGAGAACACCCUUUUCCAUCAAAACAGCCUUUAAGUGACUCAGUUUUCAGAGUCGAGAGAAAAGCAGAAAGCAUCUAUUUUCCUUAACCCUCAAUUAUACGGAAGGCUGGAAUUACAAAAUCUGUAAUUCCAGAUUUUUCAAAGAAAUCUGCAGGCAUAUUUUCCCCACACCAGCCAAGUUCAGUCUUAGAAGCUGCAUUUCCAGCUUCUAACAGUCACAGUAAUCUUAUUUUCAACGUCAGACUCAUCAGGCCAUGAAUCCUUACUCCACUCCCUCACCCUUGCAUUAUCAUAUUUCCCUAGCUUCUCCCAAUGUUGCUUUGUCUGUCCCUUCAGCAGAUGAUUUU